AUGAAGGUCUAUCUAGUGUUAAUAGUAUCAGUACUCAACCCAUACCACAAAGUGAAUGCGGGAUUCGCACCGCCGCGAGACUCGGAGUCGCUCCUUUCUACUAUAGACUCCCUUCAAGGUGGAUCACUGGGUAAUCCUAAAACCUUGGACUUGAUUGAUCGCGAUGAAGAAGAGGUUAAAGGUUCAACCCAAGAAGUUUACGAUCUUUCACAACCGGAAAUAAACUCGCGUAUCCCAUUAGCAACGCGACUCGAAUCGACCAUCAAACCAUCAAGAAAUCGAAUAAGUCUGAGUGACACGAGGGUCUUAGCAAAUAGCUGUGCUCCAAUCAGUACUUUUCCAACCCGUCAAGCACAUCCCUUAAUAGAAGGAUGGUCACUGACCUUGGUAAAAAACAAAACCCAAAUCCCAAAAGAUGUUUCACACAUCAAAUAUGUUUAUAAACCAAAAGAAAUUUUAUUUCGAGUGAAUUUAAAUAAUUUGAUUGGAACUGGAUAUUGGAUGAAAUGUUAUGAUGCAGAAGUGAUGAUAAAUCAUCAAGUUUUAAGAAUGGUAGCUAAAAGAAAUAGAUUAGAUCAUCUUCCUCAUCAUCAUCAAUUAGAAUCUUAUUUAAAACAAUCUCAAUUAUAUUUUUAUGCAUGUAAAGUCUUGAUUGAUUUUCAACAAGUUAUUAAAACUUCAAAUGAUUUUGGGAAAGAGGAUAAGGCUCUGAUUGCUCCGUUAAGAUUUGUUGAAAACUUUGUAGUGAUUCCAGAUAAAGGUUAUGAUCAAAUUGAUAAUAUGAAAGAUAUUCAAGAUUGUUGGUUUUUUGAAGAAGAAUUAAUUGGUGAAUAUUUGAAAUCAACCUACUAA